UCGCGCUAUGGUCGCACUCUUACCACGCUCGAAAUCAAAACUAAAUACUUGACAGGAUUUCGAAUAUCUACGUAAAAAGCCUGCUGGAUCGACCCGAUAUGGAUCCAAGCUUGUACCAGGGAAAUAGCAUCUUCCGGAACCAGCCGUCGUAUAAAGUCUUUAACAAAUCCUUCGAGCAUGUGGAUGAUGCCCUUUACACUUUUCUGAAUGAAGUGGAUCCGGAGGUCCUGAGACUUGAACUCAAGGAACCGUCUGAUGUCUUUACAUCCUUUAAGCUCAGUACCGCACCAAAGGAUCCGCGCACCAAUGAAGUUCCACGGACCUGCGUUUGUGACUACACCACCAGUCGGGCGGAGCCCCGCUACAAUUUUCCAAAUCCUCUCGGACUCUUUUCGGAGUUAAAUCUGAUGCAGCAGGCCGCCUGUAUGCGAGUGCUACUGGCUUGGCAGAAGAGCGUAGAGGUCGCAGAGGAUGACUUCGUGGUGUGGCAUGCCACCGAGAAGAAGCGGUGCAACGAGCAGCAACGGGUACAGAAGCAGAUCCACGAUUAUGAGCACGCUCAAAGGGAGGUCCUAUAUGUGCCCAUGAAGCGCCUAGUAACGAUUUAUGGGCAGUUAUACGAGCUCAGCGUAAAUAAGCUGAUGAAAAUGUACGCCAACGAGUCGUAUGUGACCUUCUCAGGGCUGCCUCAGCUCUCCCAAUGCAAGAGCCUCAAUUCUCAGACCGUCAGCAUAGAGGAGGUAGAAUUAGAGAGAGUUGCAGGGCGCAUCAGGAUCUGGCCAGGGCUGGAACUUCGCAAUGAUUCGGCCAUGCGAAAUCUGAAUGUGCGCUUGAAUCGAUACUCUGGAAAGCAGUUCAAAGAUUCACCUACUCUGCUAAGAGACGAAGAGAAAAAUCAGGAGUCGCAAGGUGCUAAUGUUGUCGUCUUGCCUUUGGACUCACUUCUGAUGCUCCUAACCUCAGGGUCAUAUGUAGAUGUGCCUGCCGAGAUGUUCGUCGAUAUAGGGGAAUCCUCCAGUGCGGGACACAAAUGCAUAGAAUUUCAUACUCCGUUUCCUGCGCGGAACUGCGGUUGGCAUACAAAUAAUUUGGUCCUGACGCAGGCCUAUGAAGCCUACAUGUCACAGCCUGGACAAGCCAAGUGGUUGAACUCUGAACCGAAUGGAGCUACAAGAGAGGUUUCAGAUCUUAUUAACAGUGAGGUUUCAGCUUCCUCGAGCAAUCUUCAAAUGAACUACAAGCCGCUCCUGAUAGACGAGUUUUCUUCAGACAUCGAAGAUACCUCGUCUAAUACAGCACUGGUUAGUUGGUGCCUGAGGUGCAAGGGAAACAACGGUGAGGAGAUCCGAGAAUUCCAAGUAUUUACCACCCUUUCCAUAGCAGCAAUGAUAGUCACCCAGGGGAAGCACCAACCACUUGGUUGCCACCUCAUCAAGAUGGAGAAUAAACCAGACUGCGGAUGCGAAAUUAUGUCGAAAUACGAACUGAUAUCGGCUUGGCUGCAGCUGAAGCUUCUGCAGGCAGAGAUGGGCCACUGCACCCGCAUUUCGCUCCGAGACUUUGAGCCAAUGCUGGAGGAGAAACUCACUCUGCUCACAGUGGAGCAGCUGCUGCACGACUAUUACAAUACGAGUAUGCCACAGUUACUGUCCAAUCUCUACGAAUUCCUCCAGUUACUGGGCACUGUGCCUGCCGGUAAAUUUCUCCUGCGAUACUCUCCCAAAUACAAGGAUAAGUUCUUGCUAUGUCAAGCCACAAAGGAGGCGACAGCUCAGAGCUUUCUAUUGCACCAACUGUUAACCGAGUCGUCACCCACCGAUCUGAACUUCCUUACCCAGAGCAGCUACCUACCGAUCUCGACCACCCUGUGCGGUCGUCUACACGAAGAACUCCAUUUGCUGCCCUGCGCCUUCCCAGCGAAGGCGGAUGGCAAGGCUGUAAAGCGACGUGGGACGGCCUUGCCCAGCCCAGAACCCACAAAGCGGGUUCGACCCAGGAGACAGCCAGUCCAUAAGGGGAGAACGCCCGCUCAACGCGAAGAUUUUCGUCGCAUUUGUAAGGCCGCACAGAAAAGAAGAGCCAGAGGUCGAAAAUUAGCAGCUGCCAAAGAAGAGAAGGUGCAGCUGGACAAGUUUAUGAGCCUAUAAGUAUGGGCAGCAUUUUAGAUUCGUAACGCCCCCGAGUACAAAUAGGUUAAAAUA